AUGGCGAAAUAUGUCAAAUUUCAAAAUUCAUUUACGGCACUACGUGGGCCUUGUCCUUCGCUGCGUAGCCUCCAUGAUGUAAUUGCUGUGCUUUUUGCAGCGCAUUACUGCAGUUCACUUGCAGUGAAUGGUGGAGAUACGCUUUUCUUAGGGGCUUCACUCACUCGAAAUCAGACCACAAUGUCAAAGAAUGGCACGUUCGCAUUUGGUUUUUUCAGUCCGAGAGUAACGAAUAACUGGUACAUUGGCAUCUGGUACGCACGAAACUCUCAAAAGGCCAUAGUUUGGGUGGCUAACAGAGAGAAUCCAGUCAGAAGCAUACCCGAUGUUCUGGAAUUUUCAAGUGAUGGUUAUCUUAGACUGUUUGAUAGAAAUGGCCGGUCAGUUUGGUUAGCUGAUAUUGGCCAGAAAGGAUCACGAAGAGUGAUAAUGGACUCUGGUAAUUUUAUUAUGCUGUACGCCUACAACGUGUCUGCGAUUGUUUGGGAGAGUUUCGCGCAUCCGACAGAUACAUGGUUGCCUGGCAUGAAGAUGUGGAAAGGCAUGAACCUAACUUCCUGGAAGAGUGGAGAAUGGACGGGGGAUUUUUUUGCUAACGAGCCCGUAAUGGAAAGUUCGAACAAAUUUCAAGCGUCCUGUGUGAGGCUUUCUCCUUCAAGAAUAUACAUUAGUUUUGUUAUUAACCAGAUAGAUCAUAUCCUCACGGGACGGUUCCUGUUACCUGAGAAUGGCGGAUUUGAAUUUUACUACUUGAUGGAUGAUGGGUUUCACGCCCAAGAACGGCUCUCAAGGUUGGUGGUCAAGCGGGUGUACACGGCGAAGGCCCCUGCAUUGCUCUGUCAUAGAGGGCACAAAAAAGAACCAAUACCUGUCCGAAAAAAAAGCUGUCUUCUACAAAAACGAGCAGACACAACAAGGCUACCCUCUGCUGUUGGUAGCAUUUUUCUGUGGAAACGUCGAGGACUGUUGAAGAAGAAAGUGGAAGAGGAGGUACCAAUGUCGCUCAAAAAGUUCACUUACAAAGAGCUGCGAACUGCAACAGAUAAUUUCAAGCAUAAGUUGGGUAGCGGAGCAUUCGGCUCUGUGUUCAAAGGAACCCUGCCAGACAGCACGCUUGUUGCGGUUAAAAGAUUAGAGGGUUCUACGCAAGCAGAGAAACAAUUCCGUGAAGAAAUAAUCACCACUGUCUGA